AUGGAGGCGAUCAUGGCGACCUCAAAGGUCCGCAACGUAGAUGAGGUACUCAAUGGCCAUGGAGGCACCGUGGAGCCAAGUGUGGCCGCCAAACCUAGCACCCAGCAGGCCUCUCAGUGCAACGGCGCUACGUGGGAGAACAGUUCGAUGAUGACGAGAUUAGGUACGGGUGGUUGCCGCAAGGGGCGCAAGGCCGUAUUGCCAUGGAGAUUUCAGAUUGGGUACAAGCGGCCACGGUCACAGGGUUUAAGCCAGGACGGCGGAUCCGAUGGACUUCCUGCAACUGGAACUUCCAUGUCCACUGAUGGUACUGGAGCUUCCAAGUCCAUGGAUGGUUCCAGGCAUAUAGGAGUUGCUGCUGCUGCUUCUGUACCCAACAAAACAAAGGUUGACAAUGGUGAUCGUCAUCGUCCAAUGCCAAAGAACAGAGUCGCCAUCAGCAGAGAAAGCGUCAUGGCUUCUUUGCAGGAAUUCCGGCUAAUUUACAGGCAGCUUGUGGCCCAAGAAAAGGCCGACUGCGGUAAACAAGAACAUGAUCUUGCAGCCUUUCAAGUCUUCAGGGAGAGGCUAUGUGUUGAAUUUGAUGAUAGGAGGUACUUGGGUAGCGUUCCUGGAGUUCAUGUUGGUGACGUGUUUGAUUCGGACGCCGAGCUUUUCCUUGUUGGUCUCCAUCGUACACAGCAGUCGCGUGUUGAUUACAUCAAUCAGAACGGGGGCAGGACAUGUCUAGCCGUUAGCAUCGUGUCGUACGCGCAACAGUCUGCCCAAAAUAACAAUCUGGAUUUCUUGCUACAUGUUGGGUCUGUGGCUGCCACCACUGGCCAGAACAUGGAAGGUACCGACUUGGCGCUAAAGCAGAGUAUGGAUACCAAAACACAUGUGCGUGUCAUUUAUAGGUUUGUUAUGACCGGCCGUGAGGAGCUUACAUACUAUGUUUAUGGUGGUUUAUAUUUGGUCGAGAAAUUUAGCAAAGAGAAACUGAGGGAAGACAAACAUAUUAGCACUUUUCAUCUGAGAAGAUUGUCGGGGCAACCGAGCAUCAACAUUCAUGAACUUGUGGAAAAAAGAAUGGAUGAACCAUCCAAUGGAACUUUUACUGUAGAUAUAUCGUCAGGUCUUGAGAAGAUCCCUAUAUCUGCAAUCAACUCCAUAUCAAACGAGGCCCCGGCUCCAUUUCGCUACAUUUCACACAUACAAUACCUCAGGAAGUAUCAGCUAGAUCCUCCAUCAGGUUGUGAUUGUGUUGGUCGAUGUUCGGACUCGCAAAAGUGUGCAUGUGUAAUGAAAAAUGGUGGGAAGAUCCCUUUCAGAAAGACCGGUGGUCUCCUAGAGGAAAAACCUCUUAUUUACGAGUGUGGACCUUCAUGCAAGUGCCCUCCAACUUGUCGCAAUAGAGUGGGCCAACAUGGAAUUAGUUUUCGCCUUCAAGUCUUCAAGACAACAUCAAUGGGUUGGGGAGUACGAAGCCUUGAUUUUAUACCUACAGGACGUUUUGUGUGUGAAUAUAUAGGGGAGUUGUUGGAUAAUGAAGAUGCUCAGGAGAGGGGUAAUGAUGAGUACUUGUUCCUUAUUGGAAACAACUAUUAUGAUGUAUCCCGCUGGGACAACUUACAAAAGACUAUCCCCUCACUUAUGAAUGGCCCUGGGGAAGAGGAAGAAAAUUUCUUUGCAGUGGACGCACUGAAAUGUGGCAACCUUGCAAGGUUCAUCAACCAUAGCUGCACCCCUAACCUUUUCACACAAAAUGUUCUCUAUGACCAUGACAACAAGGGUAUGCCUCACAUCAUGCUCUUUGCUUGUGAGGAUAUUCAGCCUCUUGAACCACUAUCAUAUGACUAUAAUUAUACCAUAGAUGGGGUCCAUGACUCUGAAGGUAACAUCAAGAAGAAACGAUGCUUAUGUGGCUCUGUUGAGUGCACUGGAUGGUUGUACUAG